ACUGGAGUGGAUUUGUUUGGACCUUUUCUGCUAUUUUAGGAGAUGACUAGGUACCACAAAGCAGCGAUUGAUGGCUACUUGGACCUUUUGAAGGAGGCCACAAGGAAGGACCUGAACACUGCGGAUGAAGAUGGCAUGACUCCCACCUUAUUGGCUGCUUUCCACGGACAUGUCGAUGCUCUUCAGCUCAUAUGCAGCAGAGAAGGAGACCCCAACAGGAGUGACAUCUGGGGAAACACACCGUUGCACCAUGCUGCAGCUAAUGGCCACAUGCACAUCCUCAGUUUCCUGGUCAACUUCGGUGCCAACCUUUUCGCCCUGGACAAUGAAUUCCACUCAGCUAUGGACGUUGCUGCUUCUCGUGACCGCAUGGACUGUGUGCGCUUCCUAGAUGCUGCUGCCUCACAGCAGACCAACCAAAAUGCCAAGAAGGUCGCCAAUCUAAAGAAGGAAGCCAUCAAAGAAGCGGAGAAACGUGUAAAGCUCUGUGAGAAGGUGAAGAAGAAACACCAGAGCAAGAUGGAUAGAAUGCACCGUGGGGCAAGCAAUACUGGGUCUGUUUCAGAGGCCAGCAUGGCAUCAUCACUCUCAAACAGUGGUACCAUGACCGGCAUCAAUGAACAGUUCUCCAAGCUUAUUGCUGCUGAUAAAUCUGGCUCUCUUACAGCCAGGGUUAAAGGCACCCUCCAGAAGAAGCUUGGGAAGAAAGAUAAAGGCACACUGCAGAGAUCAGGAGGUGAUGGGAAUGUUAUUUUCCUCAAGCAGGAGAACGGCGCAUCUGAGAAGCCAGAGUUUCUGGAUGUCUUCAACGAGCAGGAUGAAAACAUGUUCGAUGAAGAAGGAACGGGAGGCUUUGAAGAUGAUGAUGACAAUGAUGAACCAAGCCAAGUAAAACAGUCCAUCUUCAACCGGCCAGGUCUUGGAGGUCUGAUUUUCAUGAAGAAGAUGGGGCUUGAGUCAGAUGACGUCCCCAGUGGGAACAAUGAAAAUCUCGGCUACCUCGUUCAGAACGAAUUGUUUGAGGCAGAUGAAGAUGCUGAUGGCUUUGAGGGGGCAGGUGAUGCUGAUCUGCCCUGGGAUCAGGAAGAUCUGGGCCUGGAUGAUAAUGAAGAUGAGGAAACCUCUCCUUUGGAUGCAUUCUUGUCUGCGAUCUCCUUGCCAGAGUUUGCCCUCGCAUUCAACAGAGAGCAUCUCGACCUGGAAGCACUCAUGCUUUGCUCUGAUGAAGACCUGAAAGGCAUUCGCAUCCAGCUGGGACCCAGGAAGAAGAUCCUGGAAGCUGUUGCUCGCAGAAAGAACGCACUGGAGAGCCCUGGUGUCAUUAAGGACAGCUGCUUGUGAGCCAAUAAAACAUGAACAGUGAUUUUUAAUCCUGUUUGAAAUUUAAAAUGGGUCUGUAUUUUUUUGCGAAGAGAGCCAGUAGUUUCUCUAUAAAACAAAAAUGAUUCAGCAAACUGUUUCUCCAAAGCAAGUCCCACUUUUUAAAGAGAUCAAACGUAUAUAGUGCUUUAUAGAGAAGGAAUAAUAUGCACAGCUGUGUUUAUACACUAUUAUGUAUGUUAUAACCAAUUACAAACAGCAAGACAGGAGAGUCCGGACUUACAGGCUCAAUGAUACCCUCUAGAUGUAUAGUUCAAAAACAGCAGAAAAUUCUUAUUAUUUAUGAUAAAAUAAAAAAGAAUAGACACAUGGUAUUUUAUUUCAAAUAAACAGCAUCACUGUGUAGACAAAAACAAGAGGUAUUUUGAUACAGAAUUGGUGAUUGUUUCUGUCCAUUAAUGAGAUAGCAAUUGAUUUGAUUAUGCUGUUGUAUUUUUUAUAAUUAUUUUUACUGUUUGACAACAUAAUUGUCUAAUAA